GGUCCUGGGCCCGGCUGGCGGCUGGGGUCCCGGGAGCCCAUCGCCAUGAAGCUGACGCGCAAGAUGGUCCUGUCCAGGGCCAAGGCCUCGGAGCUGCACAGCGUGAGGAAGCUCAACUGCUGGGGCAGCCGCCUCACAGAUAUCUCCAUAUGCCGGGAAAUGCCCAGCCUGGAAGUGAUCACCCUCAGCGUCAACAGCGUGUCCACCCUGGAGCCCAUGAGCCGGUGCCAGCAGCUGAGCGAGCUCUACCUGCGGAGGAACCGCAUUGCCAGCCUGGCCGAGCUCUCCUACCUGAAGGGCCUGCCGCGCCUGCGGGUGCUGUGGCUGGCCGAGAACCCCUGCUGCGGGGCCGACCCCCACCUCUACCGCAUGACCGUCCUGCGCAACCUGCCGAAUCUGCAGAAGCUGGACAACCAGACUGUGACUGAGGAGGAGCUGUCCCGAGCGUUGAUGGAGGGAGAGGAGGUCACGGCCCCCAGCAGAGAAGGCAUGGGGAACGGCAGGCCUGAGCUGUCCUAUGCCCUGAAUGCCACCACCGAGACCCAAGGAGAUCUGCUGAGCUACAGCGAGGAGGAGGCGAGCGUCCAGGGACAGCUCGGCCUGAAGCCCCCGGCCCGGUUUCCUUCCUUUUCCCAGAGGGAGGCUGCGAGCAGUCGCAAGAACAGGAACAACGUCCUGACUGCCAUCCUGCUGCUGCUGCGGGACUUGGACACGGAGGGGCUGGAAGCUGUGCACCAGACUGUGGUCAGCCGGCUGCAGGCCCUGCACAAGCAGGAGCUGCAGGACAUGGAGUGACCCAAUGGGGACCCCUUCACUGCCAGGCCCUCCACGGGACCCUGUACUGAAGUCCCAGCAUCUUCCUGAGCACCUAGGACGUGAGACUGAUUGCCAUGGCGACGGCCAUGGCCACUGCUGGAUCCCAGGCUGAGUCCCAGCGCGUGGGGCUGUCCUCAGGAAGCCUCAGCCCACCCUGGAAGGCUGAGCUCUUACUUCCGAUGGCACCCGGUGAGGGCAGGAGGGGCGUCUGGCGCUGGCUGGGCAGACCCCAUUCCCAAGCCCUCCAGUGUGGGAGGCCCACCUUGACUCCACACUUCUCCCUAAUAAAUAUUUCCCAAAGUUGACCUGGAAGCAGGUUUCCUAAAUGACAGACACGGCCUCGCGUUCUUUGUGAAGGUGAGAGCCGUUGCUCACGCAUCUUCCCCAGUCAGCUUGACUCGGCCAUGGGGUGGAUUCCUGGGCCACAGGAGCCUUCCAGAAUCACAGCCUCCCUCCUCGGGUGAGCAUCCGCAGAGGUUUGUGUGGACCCUUCGUGGGAGGCCUGGGACAGGCCCACAGCAGCUGUCUGGGGGGUCUAGGUGUGGCCACAGGUGAAGCAGCCGAGUGGGGCAGGACAGCCUUCUGGAAACUGCAUCUGAAACGUGUUCUUCCUCUGGGAAGAGUCGCAGCCUUGCCGUGGUGCACAGUAUCCAGUGGGGGCCUUACUAGUGUCCCCAAAGCCGAGGAAGCCUCCACGUGGAAGGGGAGCAGCGUGACCCCCCAGCCACGAGAGACAGUCCUUUCUCACUGCUAUGGAAAUGGCUACGACUGGAGAGAAGACAGGCUCUUCCCUCUGCCCCUUUCUGCCCUCUGCGGGGGGGAGUGUCCACAUCCUCAAGAGAGCUGAGGGCGCCAGCUUGUGUGUGAGCCGCACAAACCAAGGAGGUGACGCAGCAUGUGACACCAGUGAUGGAGGGACAGCGUCCAGAAGACCACGGCUCCUUCAUGAAGCUGCACCGUGGAGCCAGCUCUUUCCAGGCAGCUGAAGACCUCCGGACGCGGGAUCAGGGAAGCCCGAGCAGAGGCAGUGCCUCAUCCGUGGGCUCUUCUGUAGUUUGUCAGGACAAGGAGGUGAGCUCUGAGCAGUGGGGGCCAAGGGCUCACUGCGUGGGGUGGUCUGCGAAGGGUGGCUGCAGGGCCCUCACGUGUCCCUUCUCGUCACUGUGGGACAAUGCUCUCAAUAAAUCUGUGCCUUGGAUGGAA